CACUUUGGUGGGAGGCCCCUGAGUACAUGCCCUCCUGGGCUCCCGUGAGUGGGAUGACAAAGUGGCGAACGCUUUGUUCUCUGAGGGUCAGGAAUAAGAAGCACUUUGUUCCUCAGAAACAUCACAGUGCUUUCCUACUCACCUUGCCAUGAGAGCACAGGCUAUGGAGCAGAGAAAACAUCAAAGAAAGCCCAGACACUUAGGAGCUUUUGGCAGGGAGGUUGGAACUAAGUGCUCCAAUGACACUGUAGGGGAGGAGACCAGAUAGCAAUGCCUCUUUCCUCCCACCCAUCCAACCUCCUCAGCACAGGGGCUCAUCCAACUCAGGGGACAUUCCUUCCUCCCAGACUGAUCUUUACUCAGAAACCUUUCUAGCCUCUCCUCAUCUCCUGACUGUCUUGGCCUCGGCAAGAAGAACACCCGUCCCUACCCAGCUGUCUUCAGCUCCUGUCCUUCCUCCCAGCUGCCAGAGAAUUAUCAGGUCAGUCUGCUCCUUCUUUCUUCUCUGCAUUUUUUACUAGCAGGAAUGCCAGGGGCCCAAGGAUAAUUGGGAAGGGUCUCUCACCCAAGGCCAGUUAGAGCUCGUAUUCUGCAAGUGUUGCAGUUCACAAACUUUGCAGAGGCUGAGAUUUCUGUGGUGGACCAAGGGAGCAGGGGUGGCUGAAGGUGGGGUGGCUUCACCUUCAGCUGGGUGGUUGGCUGGGUGGCCUUGGGCAAGCAUCUCCUCUUUCUGGGUCAUGAGAACUCGGUUAUGGGUGAAAUGAUCUCUAAAGUACUGUUGGGUUGGGAAUGCUGGGGGCUCUGGGAUGUGGCAGACAGUCACUUCAGGCCCACUGCUGCCCCAACCACCUUAACUCUACCAGCAGGAGGAAUGACACCAGCUGUGACCCGGCUCCUUUUCCUUCAGCUUGUUCUAGGGCCAACUCUGGUCAUGGACAUCAAGACGCAGAUUGGCAAAAAGAAAUUCUAUGCCUUAAACAUUGACUAUCCCAGGGUUAUCUUCCCAAAGGGUUUCCAGGGCUAUUGUAAUGGUCUGAUGUCCUAUAUGCGGGGCAAGGUGCAAAAUUCAGAUUGCCCAAAGAUCCAUUAUGUGAUACAUGCCCCUUGGAAGGUCAUCAAGAGGUUCUGCAAGUAUAGUGACAACUUCUGUGAUAAUUACAAUGAAUACUGCACGCUCACCGAGGAUUCCUUCCCCAUCACGGUCUGCUCCCUGAGCUACCAACAGCCACCCACCAGUUGCUACUACGAUAGCAUCCUGACCAACCAGAAGCUCUACCUACUCUGCUCCCGCAAGUAUGAAGCUGAUCCAAUAGGUAUCAUCGGUCUCUAUUCGGGAGUUUAAUUCCCGAGUCAUUCCCCAACCUCUACCACCACAGACCAGCCUGUCUCCAUUUCCAACACUCUGAUUCCUGUAACAAGACUUCCUUCCCGACUUCUGAGGCAGGCAGAGUCCCCUCCCAAGAGACCAGGUGGGUGGGAAAAUGUCCAGGGCUUUGAUCACCAUGCGAAGUGGUGCUAUCUUCUAGGUUCUUUCCAGCUUGUUUACCCCCUCUUAACCCCCACCUUCUCAUCAUCCUCCCUCUCCCAGAGACAGUAAAACCCACCCAAGAAGUUGACUGUGUCCAGUUGGCAGUGACUGUCCACCCACUGGGCCAGAUCCUAAGUCCUGGAUGGAGGCCCAGGGCCUCAGCUCACACCAUGGCAACAGGCACCAGCUCCGAGUCUCACCUCCCCAUCCCCACCACCCUUCUCGUCUCAGCCUCCCCCAGUUCCCUUAUAAUUCCCUCCACUCACCCACCUACUCAGGGGAUAUGGCUAGCUAUAGGAACCUCCCUGAGGCCUUCAGACUCAUGUUAGCCUCACUUCCCCACAACCCCCAGUUUCCAGCCUGUUUCUCUCUGUGAAAUCAUUGUUUCUCCCUUCAUAUAACUUUCCUCUCCUCUUUCCUCUUACUAUGGAGCCUAGGACUGUCUCUCCCCCCAACUCCCCACCACCUUAGUCACCCUGCCUUCCUUUUUCCAACCUCUUUUUCUUCCAGUCUUCUUACCUUGGCUCACUGGCAUUUCAAGGUAUCUUCUCUCAUCCAUUCCACAGAGGUUCCUGCUUCCCUUCUCUUCCAGAAGCUCCUCCCAAAUCCCCCAGACUCCAGAGUCUGCCCCUGACCAGGCAGGGAAUGAGGCAGGCCCAGCUCUAAUCAAACAUAAAUUUCUAAAACCACAUCUGAGUACGUAAGAUGUAACCAUUGGAGAAAACUGGGUGAAGGGCACAAGAGACCCCUCUGUACUUUUUUUUUUUUGUAACUUUCUGUGAAUCCAUAAUCAUUUCAAAAUAAAAAGUUAAGAACA